GUGACGCCAGAGAAGCGGCCGGAGCGGGGGCGCAGAGACGGAAGCUCCUCCUCGGCCGCGCUCCGGGAGUGUGGCCGUGUCGUCGGGGAGGCUGCGCGCGGAGGAAGUCUGGUCCCGCCGGCUCACCGUCCUGAGAGCGGCGGCCAUCUUGUGCGGGAGGAGGAGGCUGCGCUGCGCUGCGCGGCAGGAGCGGCGGUCGCGCAUCCCCGCGAGCCCUUUCUGUGCCGCGGUCGCUGCUGCCGGAGCGCCAUGUCUGCCGAGGGCCCCGAGCCCGCCUCGGCCGAGGAGCAGAAGGAAAUGGAGGAUAAGGUGAUCAGCCCAGAAAAAGCUGAAGAAGCAAAAUUGAAAGCAAGAUAUCCUCAUCUGGGCCAGAAGCCAGGAGGCUCAGACUUCUUGAGAAAGAGGCUUCAAAAAGGACAAAAGUACUUUGAUUCUGGCGAUUACAACAUGGCUAAAGCAAAGAUGAAGAAUAAGCAACUGCCUACUGCGGCUCCUGACAAGACAGAAGUCACUGGUGACCAUAUUCCUACUCCACAGGAUCUCCCACAGCGGAAACCUUCUCUUGUUGCUAGCAAGCUGGCUGGCUGACUAGAACAGCUGAACUGCAUGAAUAUUCUCAUUCCUGUUAUUUCUCCUUAAUAGUUAUUUCUCACCCUCACCCCCCAUCCCCCCUUUUUUUUCUUACACUAAGUCAUGAGACUGACAGCUUUGCAGGUAGCGAUAGCAUGUGCUGCUAUUGUAAGGGAGUACUGUUAAGAAGUAAAACGUGUAGUAUUUGGAUUAGUUGAGAACAAUGCACUGAUUAAAAGGACAGGUUUGGUUAGAGCAAUGUAAUCUACUUGAAAAUGUACAUAUUGCCCGUUUCCUAGUGUAGGACUGGUUCCAGCAAGUGACAUUGCAAGUUUUACAACUUUUAAUGUUUCUGCUUUUGUUAUUUCACCUUAAUUACAGCAUAUUUGUAUUUAAUAUAACCUCCAGUUGUGUUGGUUUUUCUUCUGUGUUUGGGUUUGUUGUCUAAAAUAGAGGUUUAGACCACAAGUUGCUAGCAGGUGAAGCAUGUAUAAAAACAAAGACAGGGCUCUGACUGAAUUUUGUUUCUGCUCUUGAACUUGAACGGCCUUAAACCUGUUUCAGCUUUAACAAUAGAGUUUUUACUUGGGCAAUAUUUGCCCAUUCUGGUGUAACUCUUGUGAAUCUAGUGCUUACUGACAACUGCCUGUUGAAGCUGGUAUUCUCUUCAGUUCUGCAGCUUAGAACACACUUUUGUUGAAGAUGUGAAUGAAGUGUGCAUGUGCAUAGACUGUUGAAUUCACUCUUGUGCCAUUUUUGUAAAUACAAUGGUUUUGCACAAUCUUUUGCAACCGUCUAUUAAUUUUACAUUUUAAAAAGCAGAUAAUGUGCCAAUCAAAGCACAAGUGAUUCUGUAUCUUUCAGAGUACCCGAAACUAAAAGCCCAGAAUCUUGUAACUGAAAGUAAAAAUUGUAAACCUGAGAUUUGUGAAACACAUACUUACACUUGACUCAGCCAUAUGCUUUUGCAGUUGUACAUUUUGUUUAGCAACAACAUCCCACAUUCAAAUUUAAUCCAAAAUUUGUACCUCUGUUCAAAGGCAGGUGCCCUUUCUGUUCGCUAUCUCUUUAAGCUUUUAAAGCUGAAAUGCUCUGUGAUGAUGGGAAAGAUGGUAAAAUGAACUGUCCUUGAGAGUUUCCCUCGUGGCAAACUCCAAAUCUAAGCUUGCUAAGGUUUGAUAUUCUGUUGUCUUUGACUCUUUUAGACUUCUGGAAGUGAAAGAGUAUACCCCUUUAAUUUUUUUUCUUGAACUCCUGAAGUGGUAGUAAACUAACUCCUUGUCUCUUUGUUAUACAGCAGCUGCUCACUGGCUUUGGGCAACAUAAAGAAAACUGGAACUGGUAUUUAUAUAAUGACCUAUGCAGGACUAGGCAGUUUUUCAUGUCAGUAAAUGGGAGCAAACUUCAGAUCAUCUACGUGAUGCAGGUCAUAAGUACUAGAUUGCCAAAAUACAGUCGAUAUUAGAUAGGUAACUUGAUGCGUUUAAGAGCAUGUUUGUUCAGUGAAAUCAGAUGUAUUAAAGUGCAGUGUGAUCAUAAUGUAAUUGAUUUUAAUAUAAGUAGUCACAGCCUUGAUGUUCUCUGGGAGUAUAAGCUCUUUAAAAAGAUCAGCCUACUGAAUACUUUUUUUCUUUAAGGAAAAUGUUCUGAUACAGUUUCUGUUUAGAAAAACCAAAAAGCACCAAUACAGGCAUUAUAAGAGAAAACCUUCUUAAUGAAGGUACAUGUUUUUCAAAUGAUGUGCUGCUUAUUGACAUGUUCAAAAUGGUCUUACAGGAUAAAUAAUUGAUAGCCAAGAAGAACACUGUCCCAUAUUUUCUGCAGUGCUCUCUUCUAAAGGCAAAUUUAAGCAUCAGAAAAUGAUCAGGAAAAUGAAUAAUCUAAAUUUGGCCUCAGUUUGAUCAGAGCAUGAGCAAAGUCUAUCAGUGUCUAUAUAACCUGUAUAUUCUCAGUUCAGAGAAUUUCCAAAUUGCUAACUUUGUUCUUUUCAGUCUUUCAGUCUGUGUAGUAAUUAAGCACAGGCUUGAGAGAACUCCCCCACCACCACCACCUUAUCCUCCAUUAGCAUUAUAAUGAAUUUGUGAUUUUUUUCAUAGGAACAGGCUGAAGAAACAGACCUAUUUGGUUUCUUUAGGUAAGAAUUUAGGCUGGGAGAAGAAUUUAUCAAGUUAUAUGUAAACCAGAAUAGCAAGGAAACUGAAUUUAUUGAAGUAAUCUGCUUUUUAUAGAUGUUUGUCCUAAUGUGAAAAUCCCUCUUUAUUUUUGUACGUAUAAAUGAAAAUUGAAAAUUAUAGGACUGGGCCGGAAACAGAUUUCAAACAACUGAAGAUGACUUGCUGUGUAUUGUCUGAUGUCACUAUUCUGUAGUUCACAUAGGGUAAGUUUUCUUGAUGUUUAGGAAGGUUUAAAAAUAGCCAUUCAAAUUUAAACAUUCCAUUUGUUCAGCUGCACCUCGGCUCGUCCUGCUGAUUGGGCAGCACGAGCUCUUCUGAUGUUCACUCAGUGGCUUGCAGUUCUUAAGGCUACUACAAAUUCAGCUACAAAUACCUUAUCCAUGCAAAGUGUAUAUUUGGAGUACUGUAUUACUAACUAGGUCAAUGACUGGUUAUGAGCCUUCAUAUCUGACAGACCUCAGCAGCAGGCACAGCUAUUUUAAUACUAUACACUGUUGAAAACUUAAGUCCAAUAAUCAUUUAACAGUAAAUCAAACUUGACUGCAAAUCGAUGCUUACUUUCAGCUUAUUCCAGCAAGAUAACUCAGCUAUCCAAACUUAUGUACAUAAUGUAUUAUAUGAGUUUUGCCAUUUGAUAAUGACCUUUUUCAAAAAAAACCUGUCCACACUGUAGUCUGGCAGUCCCUUUCAUAUCUUGCCUUUAAAGAUAGUGUUUAGUUAUUAGAGUAGUACUCAUGUAGGCUAGUAGUAGUUGAUAGCACCAACAUUUUAUUCAAGAUAGUUACAAGUGGAUUAAUUACAACUUCAGAGAUAUGUCCCAAAUCUGUAGCACCAAAGGCUUCCCUCUCAUUGUUCUUUAUGUAGUAGGACAGUGUUUGUGUAAAGGCCACAGGAGUACAUUUUGUUGGACAUAUUUACACCCAGUCAAGAUGUUACAGUGAUGAAAAUGUCAAUUGUACUUUACAAACAUACACAUUGUAUAGUAUACAGAAUAAAUUGAUCUACUUAGUUUUUAUUGCAAUGUGCAUAUUUGUCUCGUCUUUACUGUGGUUUCCUAAAUAAUACUGCAUACUUCCUUAUGGAUAAUUUCUAAAACCUGAAUCUUGCUACUCUGUAUCAUUAAAAAUAUGACUGGGCUUUGGUUUGUAGUAUGUUAGACUACAGAAUUACUUUAAUGUAAUCACAUUUAUAUAUAUUUCAGUGCUUAUUUUUCUAAUAAGGCAAUUAAAGCUUAUUGUUUGAAAACUCUGUAA